AUGGUAAAUAAAACAUUGGGCGAGGAUUGCUUACUACCGGCUGAAUGUUCACAAUCUAUGCAUUUAAUGUGUAUAUCACGGGUGUGUCAGUGCGAUGACGGCUACCAUAAGACCGGCAACAACACAUGUGUGGCCGACGCGGCCAAGACUGAAUACAGUCCCGGAAUAUAUUUAUUUUAUAAAUAA